AUGAGUCUUCUCCGCGUCAGAAAUGGUUCUGUCCGCUUCGUCCAGCAUACGAAGAAAGUCUUGACUCAUAGCUGGGUCAAUGUGCUCCUCAUUUUCGUGCCGAUUGGCAUCGCGAUGAACUUUGCCACCGAUAACCCGGAGCUCAUCUUCGCCAUGAACGCCGUGGCUAUCGUGCCCUUGGCGGGAAUGCUUGGUCAUGCGACCGAGAAUGUGGCUAGCGAAUUGGGGGACACCGUCGGUGCAUUGCUGAAUGUUACUUUUGGCAAUGCGGUGGAAUUGAUUAUAUUCAUGUAUGUCCAGCACCAAUUACCAGCCAACCGACAUGCUUUAUUUCUACAUCUAGAAUUGGCGUGGUCUGUCUUCCUUCCCCCCUAUAGCAUCGCUCUCGUGAAAAAUGAAAUUCGCAUUGUGCAAGCCUCCCUCAUCGGAUCCAUCCUGGCCAAUUUGCUUUUGAUUCUUGGAAUGGCCUUCGUCGUUGGAGGUCUUCGCUAUCGGGAACAGAUCUACAACAGUACGGUCACGCAGAUGAGCGCCUGCAUGCUCAGUUUGAGUGUUCUGAGCUUGGUGUUGCCUACUGCCUUCCACGCCUCUUUCUCUGACUCUAAUCUUGCCGAUCAAUCCACCUUGAAGAUCAGUCGAGGUACCAGUGUAAUCCUCUUGAUCGUUUAUGUGCUUUAUCUACUGUUCCAAUUGAAGUCCCAUGCAUAUCUGUACGAGAGUACACCGCAACAUAUUAUCGAUGAGGAAUCCCACCCUGGAUUACUCGCGGAUGUCCUUGGCGGCUCAUCCAGUUCGUCAAGCUCCGACGACAGCUCAAGUUCAAGCGACAGCGAUUCUUCAUCCGGAUCGCAUACGACAGCGAAGAGAAUCCGAAAGGCCUUCCGUCAUCGCAGGCGACGAAAGUCGAGCGUCAGCUCCAAAGAUACACAGACUCCACCUUCCGAUCUUACUACGUCUGCGGAUCAUGCCACUCAUGAUGCGAACGGAGCUGUAUCAACUAUGCCUGGAAGCGCUACCCAUCGCAAUCACAACCUUGGAGCCAUCAUCAGUGGGGACGAGGCAGACAUAGACGGUGAUGAACACAUUCAUGGGCCGGCUGGAGUGAGAGACUUCGGAGUCGACCAGGACACUGCAGCCAGUCGAUCUCUCGAACAGAAACGUAGGGGAAAGAAACAGAAACGAAAGUAUAAACAGCGUCAUCACCGCAAGCCCGAGCCCGAGCACAAUGAUGCCCCCACCGAUAUUAAGGACCCGACUUCCCUACUCGAUCCCGUAGAUCCCGCCACUGCGACGCCCAAAGUGGGAUUUUCCGAAGACAUCCAAUACAACGAGUCUCCCAACGCCCGAAAUCCAUUCAACAUGCGCCGCCCCCUCUCCCGCCCCGGAUUCUCCCGCGCAAACCUCCCCACACUUCUCUCCCAGACCGUCUUCUCCAGCACCGCCACGCCCGCCCCCGCCGGCGCCAACGCCCCCACCCGCGCGACCCCCGGCCUCCGCCGCACCUCCUCCCUCCCCGACCGCCUCAACCGCCCCGCAACCUCCAGCCCCGCGCCCAUCAACCCGCGCAUCGCCGCCCCGGUCUUCGCGCCCCAUCCCCGCCCGAUCAACACCGGCGCCGACGGCCCGAUUAGCAGCGACGAGCCCGCCGAGCACGUGCGGGCCAUGUCGCGCACCACCGCAGUGAUCACGCUGCUCAUCUCGACCGGCCUGGUCGCACUGUGCGCGGAGUUCCUCGUCGACGCGAUCCCCGCGAUGACGGAGCAGUCGACGGUCAGCCAGGCGUUCAUCGGGCUAAUCAUCCUCCCCGUAGUUGGCAACGCGGCGGAGCACGUGACGGCGGUGAUGGUGGCGAGCAAGAACAAGAUGGACCUGGCGAUCGGGGUGGCGGUGGGCAGCUCGAUUCAGAUCGCGCUGUUUGUGACGCCGCUGGUGGUGAUCCUCGGGUGGAUUCUGGGGAAGGAGAUGACGUUGUAUUUCAACCUGUUUGAGACGGCGUCGUUGAUCGUGACGGCGUUCGUGACGAACUUUUUGAUUCUGGAUGGAAGGAGUAAUUAUUUGGAGGGGGCGUUGUUGGUAUCGUCGUAUAUUAUCAUUGCGGUUUGCGCGUUCUUUUAUCCAGAUGGAAGUGCGCAGAAUGCAAGUGGUACACUGAGUGGGAUACAUUAG